AUGACUGAUUAUCGUGUAGUUUGGCUACGGGAUCGCAUUUCGAAAUUACUGGGAGUUGAAGAACAUCCAGAAACAGUUGAAGAACUUUUCAGAGAGCACUAUGACAAAUUCUACAACUUUCUUGAAGAUGAAAUCAACAAUAUCGAUGAAAUGGAGAAAUGCAUCCUUUAUAUUUAUCGUACUUUCUACGACAAACUUGUGGAACGAGAAGUUCUCACAAUUGAAAAAGUACCAAGAAUUAUGACACCACCACAACAAGUAACAAUUGACAUUUCAAAGGAGAAAAAAGGAAAAAAGGGAAAAGCGAAACGAGCAAAAGAUAGUCGAGAAGAAGGAGGUGAAGUUCGACCAGAUCGAGAUAUUGGCGAUGAAGAAAUUCAGGAGAUGGCACGCUCUGAGGAUGAACAAGAAGGCGAGACCCCGGAGCCACCUAAAGAACAAGAGUAUAGCUUUAUUGAAGUUCGGAAAAUUGAGCAAUCACAUGAAAAGACGCCGAUUUUGCAUGCCGUAUUUAGCAUGAAAGAACUCGAAGAAGUAGAACAUAAGAGCUACUUUGUAUAUUUCAUCAGGAAAUCUCUACUUCCAAUUUCAAUAAUAGAAAGUUUAGAUGAUGCUAUGUCCGAUAUGCCAGAUCACUUUAUUAUGGGAACAUUCCGUGGUUCAUUCUUGCACAGAUUGUUGUAUUUGUCAAAGAAUAUUCUGCGUAAUUUAUUUACUCUUCAAAUGCGAGUACCUUCAAUUAAUGAGAAGAAUGAUGCAAUGGAAACGACAGGUGAAGGUGAACAGAAAAUCGGCCUAAUUGACUUCUCUCGUCCUUCUGAUUAUCGUAUGAAAGCAAUUGAGGCAAAAAAUUCAGGAAUUAAUAUUGGCGAUGAUACAUCACAUUUGUCAGGCACGAGUCGGCUAUCAACUGUUGCAACAUCAAUUGAAUCACUUAAAACAGGAAAUACGCCUUAUGAAGAACCAACACCUCCAAGUCAUGAUGAUAAAUGGAAUCAAUUAUAUGCUAAAGCCGAACAAGAAGCACAAAAGGAACGAACACAUAGUCAAAAUGUGCCAAUAAAGAAGCCUUCGACAAUAGAAAUAUUACAGAAUAAUCUUGAUAAAUUUCAUCAUGCAAUCGAAUGGACUAUAGAUCAUGUUAUAUGCACGUUCAAUUUACCGACUGAAUACAAUGCUUUAGGCCAGGAACAUAUAAUAGAUGACGAGGAUAAAAUGAAAAUAAAAGUCGAUCCGAUGAAAAUGAGUUUGGAUGGCAUCGAAAUAAGUCAGUUAGAAGAAAUUGUUGAAGGAUGGAUGAAGUACAUUACUAAAAUACUUCGUGAAUCAAGUGAAAAGGAGCCAAGCAAUCCAACACCAAUAGCGGAAUAUGAGUUAUGGCUUGAACGUGAGAGGGAAUUCAAUCAUUUGUUGGAGCAACUUAAGUCUCGAUUUGCAAACAUGAUAUUUGACAAAUUGAAAGCUGCAAAAUCCAAAGUGCUCGAUAAUUGGCCCUCAUUGAUGAUAAAGCUUCAAUCGGAACGUGACUUAGCAGAGGAAAAUGCUGAAUAUUUAUCAACACUUCAAGAGUUCUUUAUCAAAAUCAGAGACGAAGAUAAUUUUUCAUUUACAAUUUCAAUUAUACCAAAUAUGAUGAUUGGAUUGCGACACAUUUGGACGAUGUCAAAUAAUUAUUCAAAAGAUGAAAAUAUGAUGAAUUUAUUGGUAAAGAUAUCGAAUAUAUUUACUAUGAAAGUUAUGCAGAUCGUUGAUUUGGAAAAGAUAUUUAGUCUCACUGCAACAUCUGCGUAUAAACGUGCUCAUGAGUGUGUCAAUUUAUUGCAAUGCUGGAAGGCAUCGUAUAUGGAAACUCGUGCAUAUAUUGAAAAUUCAGGAAACGGCUCACGAUGGGAAUUUGAUAAGAAGAUAUUAUUUGGAUUAGUUGAUCACGUUAGUCGCAUAAGUCAAGAUAUUGCAGACAUUGCGAAGUCCUUCUAUGAAUUUGAAAAUAUGUUCGGAUAUCGACUUCGUUCAAAUGUUGCUGAUCCAGAAGAGGUGGACAUAAUGAUUAAAAAAGUUUAUCGUUUGUUGAACCACAUAUUGAGUGUCGACUAUAAUAUAUUUGAACCAAAUAAUAAAGACAAUUGGGAAUCUACUCUUGAUUACUUCUACAAAUAUAUGGACACUGUAGAAAUCGAAGCAUGCCUUGUGUUAGAUCAAUGCAUCGACUCCUUAAAAUCAGCCGAGCAGGGCCUCGAGCUUAUUGCUUACAUGACCAAAGUCGAAACAAGGGAAAAAUUGCUGAAGCAUUUAAUGAACAAACGAGAAAGUAUAAUGAAGAAAUUUGUAAACGAAGUUGGAACUGUUGAACAUGAAUUUCUGAAGCGAAGAAAGCAUCCUCCACUUCAAAGAAGUCAAAAUAAAUAUUCCGGUGCUGUUUUUUGGGAACGAUUACUGAUGGAGAAAUUGAAGAAAUCUGUUAUUGCAUUUCGCAAUAUGGAACAAAAUGCUGACGAUAACGAUGAAUGUGAUUAUCUGAAACGUUUAGCAUUCAAUCAAUAUUUUACAGUUUCGCAAGAAAUGAAUUCCUUUGAAAAAGAAUUGUUUGCAAAAUUUCUUCAUGAAGGCACCUUUGUUGUAAACAAUGUGCUGAAACGUAACAUAUUAAAGUUGAAAUUUAUGACAUUGCCGGAGGAACUUAAAGAUGAAAUUGUGAGAAAGGAAGCAAUGCCACAAUCAAUGUCAGUAGCAAAGACUUCACAAAAAGCUUCUAGAGUGAGACAACAACAAAAAGCAAAAACUCCAUCAAUGGGAAUCCUCAAUGUUCUCGUUCCACGUAAAUCGCUAUCAACGAAAUCAAAAUUUAAUAUUUUUUCGACGGCAAUCCAAUGGAUGGCAAACCGACCUAUAUCCGAUAAUCCUGACUUAGCAUUAGCUGAAAAAUUGAUGAAGGCAUCUGAAUCUAUGACAAAAAGUUCACGAACAACACGCAAUGAUUUUAAAAUAUCACAGGCAAAGUGUAAGUGAGAUAAGGGCACAUUGACUAAUAUACGGAAAUUUAAAAACAGGAAGAUUUGAUUUAAUCAUUAUUCUUUGAGUUUCCUUUAUAAAUUCAUAAAAAGCCC